CCGGCCAGUCUCGCGACCUCACCCAAGUGUACGCAGCGAGCUCUCCUACGUCAUCACGGGGCGCCGCCGCCCCUGCCCCUAUUUCGCGGGAGAACUUGUUGGCGCGAAUGGAAUCCGAACCCCGUUAGGGCUCUUCAGCCGCCGUCGGCCUGUCUGUCCCCGUGUCCCCCGCCACUCGCUCCCCGGACAGCUAUGGAUAUCCGGAAAUUCUUUGGGGUUGUUCCAAGUGGAAAGAAACUUGUUAAUGAGACAGUAAAAAAGAAUGAGAAUACAAAGACUGUUGAAGGAACAUCAAAAACGAAAAAAGGAACAAAGGAAAUCAAGGUGAAAACUUCUUCCAAAGAAGAUGAUGUAAAACGAAAACAUGCAAACAAGAAAAAGAGAAUUAUCUAUGAUUCAGACUCAGAGCCAGAAGAGACAAUACAGGUAAAAAAUACUCAAAACCGAUCAGAGAAAUUGCCGAUGUCUUCUAAACCUCAGAAAAUUCCAAGGCAGGAUCCUGUUCUGUAUGUUUCAGAAACAGAUGAAGAAGAUGAGUUUACUUAUAAGAAGACUUCCCUUAAACCAAAAGAAAAUGGGAUAUCUUCAAGUAGUCAUAUUAGAGCAUCGAAUGGGAAGAAAGAUACUGGAAAAAAACCUCAGAUUAAGAAUAAGCCUUUGUCACCAAUAAAACUUACACCUACAUCAGUCCUUGAUUACUUUGGAACUGGAAGUGUUCAAAGAUCAGAAAAGAAGCUAGUUGCAAGCAAAAGAAGAGAGCCUUCACAGAAUACAAAUGAUUCCAGAUUAGCUGAUGAAGCUGUUGCUGAGCAACUGCAAAUUGAAGAGAAUUCAGAGCUUGAGAAGCAGCUGCAUGAGGAUGAAGAAUUUGCCAGAACGUUGGCAAUGUUGGAUGAAGAACCCAAGAACAAAAAGGCCCGAAGGAAUUUGGAAGAGAGAGAGACAUUUUCAUCUGACCGAAUUAAUUCAAGCAAAUCAGAAAAACAUAAAGUAAAAACAUCAAAUUUUUCACAUGAAAGCAAGAAUCACAAUUUGAACAAGCAUACUAAAAGUGAAGAUUCAAGAGAUUCUCAAUCCCAUGCAAAGUCAUCACCUCAUAAAGUACAUGGCAAAAUAAAGGAAGAACCCUCUGCUUUGCAAGUCAGCUCUAAGCUGGCACUCCUGAAAAAAAGAGACGAGAGUGGUUACCAAAAAAAGGAAUCCACAGAGUCAGGAAAAAAAGAAAAUCAAGUUGUAGUAAAAGAAGAGAGAAAAUCUCCCAAGAAAAAUAAAAUUUCUCCAUCUAAAACAGAGUCUGUAAGUCCUGAAGAUAAUGAAAAGAAGCGUACUAAUUACCAAGCUUAUCGAAGCUACCUGAAUCGAGAGGGUCCCAAAGCUCUAGGCUCUAAAGAGAUUCCAAAAGGAGCUGAAAAUUGCCUGGAAGGCCUAACAUUUGUAAUCACAGGAGUUCUGGAAUCUAUUGAACGAGAUGAAGCCAAGUCUCUAAUUGAGCGGUAUGGGGGAAAAGUAACUGGAAAUGUCAGCAAAAGAACAAGUUACCUUGUUAUGGGACGUGAUAGUGGGCAAUCUAAAAGUGACAAGGCUUUGGCUUUGGGAACAAAAAUUAUUGAUGAAGAUGGCCUAUUAGAUCUCAUUCGGACCCUGCCUGGCAAGAAGUCCAAAUAUGAAAUAGCAUUUGAAGCUGAGGUAAAGAAGGAAAAAUCAAAAUUGGAGAAAACACCACAAAAAGCUGAUCAAGGAAAAAGUAAAACUAGCCCAAAUAAGAAGGACUCUGAAUCUAAAAAGAACAAGUUAACUCCCAAAAAAGACAGUUCCAGGAAAUCAAUCAGAACAGAAACCAGUGAAUUUCAAAAAGGCCUGGACUUCAAGCAGGUGGAUGGGGAGAAGAAAAAUGUCUUAAACCUGGAGAAAUAUGUUGCUGACCAAAGCAAAGACAAAGCUGAGGGUUUGCUUUGGGUGGAUAAAUAUAAGCCCACCUCUCUUAAGACCCUAAUCGGACAGCAAGGUGACCAGAGUUGUGCUAACAAACUCUUAAGAUGGCUCCGCAGCUGGCACAAGAACACGUGUGAAGAUAAGAAACAUGUUAAAGUUAGUAAAUUUGGUGGCAAAGAUGAUGGUUCCAGUUUUAAAGCAGCACUGCUGUCAGGUCCACCAGGGAUUGGCAAAACAACUACAGCUUCCCUAGUGUGUGAGGAAUUGGGGUAUAGUUAUGUGGAACUGAAUGCAAGUGACACCCGGAAUAAAAGCAGUUUGAAAGAUAUUGUUGCUGAGUCACUGAAUAACACCAGCAUCGAAGACUUCUAUACAGGUGCGGCUCCUUCAGGAGGCACAAAACAUGCUCUGAUCAUGGAUGAGGUAGAUGGAAUGGCAGGCACUGAAGAUAGGGGAGGAAUUCAGGAACUAAUUGGCCUGAUCAAACACACAAAAAUACCCAUUAUUUGUAUGUGUAAUGACCGAAAUCAUCCGAAAAUUCGUUCCUUAGUACAUUAUUGCUUUGAUCUUCGGUUUCAGAGACCUCGGGUCGAACAGAUUAAGGGUGCUAUGAUGUCCGUUGCUUAUAAAGAGGGUUUAAAGAUUCCUCCCUCAGCUAUGAAUGAAAUUAUUCUGGGAGCAAAUCAUGAUAUUCGACAGGUUUUGCAUAAUCUUAGCAUGUGGUGUGCAGAAAGCAAAGCCCUAACCUAUGACCAAGCUAAAGCUGAUUCCAACAGGGCCAAAAAGGAUAUCAAACUGGGUCCAUUUGAUGUUGCCCGGAAAGUGUUUGCUGCUGGGGAAGAGACUGCUCAUAUGUCGCUUAUGGACAAAUCUGAUCUCUUCUUCCACGAUUAUUCCAUAGCACCUCUUUUUGUCCAGGAAAACUACUUACAUGUAAAACCUGCUGCUGCCGGAGGGGAUAUGAAAAAACAUUUGAUGCUUUUGAGCAGAGCAGCAGAUAGUAUAUGUGAUGGUGACUUAGUUGAUAGACAAAUUCGAAGUAAGCAAAACUGGAGCCUUCUGCCAACGCAGGCCAUUUACUCUAGUGUUCUUCCUGGAGAGUUGAUGAGAGGUUACAUGACUCAGUUUCCUUCUUUCCCAAGUUGGUUGGGUAAAUUGUCAUCUACAGGCAAACAUGAUCGCAUUGUUCAAGAAUUAGCGUUACACAUGAGUCUUGAAACUCACUCCAGCAAAAGGACUGUCAACUUGGAUUACCUUUCACACAUGCGGGAUGCACUUGUUCUUCCCUUGACAUUACAUGGGACAGAAGGUGUACAGAAUGUGGUUGAACUCAUGGAUACAUACCAUCUCAUGAAAGAAGACUUUGAAAAUAUCAUGGAAAUAAACAUUUGGGGAGGCAAACCGAGUUCCUUUUCUAAGCUGGAUCCCAAGGUUAAGGCAGCUUUUACUCGAGGCUACAAUAAAGAGGUGCAUCUCACACCAUAUUCACUUCAGGUAACAAAGACAUCUAAACAUAGUAGAGGACCAUCACUGAGUUCAGACUACAGUGAUGAAUUAAAUGAAGAUGAAUCCCAGUCUGAGGAGAAGGACCACGAUGGUAUUGAAACUGAUGCUAUGAUCAAGCAGAAAAGGACAACAUCUUCAAAGUCUUCAAAACCAGAAAAAGAUACAGAGAACAAAAAAGCAAAGGGGAAAAAUUCACAAAAAACCUAAGUAAAUUGAGUUAUCCCGCAUUGACAACCACUCUGUAAUAACUGGUGUUGGUUGGAGCUUCUGGACAAAGCCUUGUAUCGAUCACAAUUGUGGCUUGGCAGUAAUGUUACUGUUUGUUCCAUCUCAUUAUUCAGAGAACUAUGGCACAAUUAGAAAGGUUUAACAGUUGGCUAAAAAUGCUCCUCUUAUAGAGGGUGGUUUGACUGCUUGUUCUUCCACUUUUCAGUGGCAACAUAAUUACAUCAUUGUGCUUCAAAGCUACCAUGUAAAAUUCUUACGAAAUGCAGGCUUUGGAGUAAGAUUUUAGUAGUCAAAUAUUAACAUGCCUAGGUUCAUCAAUAACAUAGUAACUUUGGAAUGGAAUGUAUUCUAAUAGCCUUCAUAGGGCCAAUGUCUCUCUCUUUUUUUUAAACUAGUUACUAUUAUGUGGUGAAAUUUUGUAAAUAGAACAUAAUGAGAAAACCACUACCCAGAUGUGGGUAUUUCUUUUGUAUAUUGUCAAAUAUGUCACAAAAAUCUGCAAUAAAAUUACUUUUACAUGAUAA